GGCGCUGUGGCGGAGGGCGGGCAGCCCAAGAUGGCGCAGGCCGUGAGCGUGGGGGAGCUGGGGCUGCCGCAGCUGGAGCUGCUCAAGGGGCAGCUGGAGCAGGAGGUGGAGUUCCUGUCCUCGUCCCUGGCCCAGCUCAAGGUGGUGCAGACCAAGUUCGUGGAGGCCAAGGAGUGCCUGAACGUGCUACACAAGGGCAACGAGGGGAAGGAUCUCCUGGUGCCGCUCACUAGCUCCAUGUACGUGCCUGGCAAGCUCCAGGACGUCCGCACGGUCCUGGUGGACGUCGGCACUGGCUACUACGUGGAGAAGUCUGCCGACGACGCCCGGGCAUUUUUCAAGCGGAAAAUCGAAUUCCUGACGCGGCAAAUGGAGAAAAUCCAGCCGGCCCUGCAGGAGAAGCACGCCAUGAAACAGGCCGUGCUGGAGAUGAUGACGCAGAAGUUGCAGCAGCUGACGGCGUCUCAGGGGGUCCCGGGAGCGGCCAAGGCGUAGCCCCCACCCCAAAAUCCAUCCUGCGGUGGGAUUUGGGGGUGCAGCCCCCACCCCAAAUCCCGGCUCUGCACCCCCCAAACCCCGACCCCCCAGUUUUGUACCAGUCCCUGGAAUAAAGGAGACACGGCUCUGA